GCACCAUCCAUCCCCCACUCUCGCCUCGCGAGCCUCCACCACCCGCGUAUCUAAACCUACCCCCACAUUGGCCACCCACAGACCUGGAACUGGCACCACUAGCUUCACUCUGUGCUACUAGCUAGAUCUCUACCACGGCCACAUGGCCUAGAGAGAGAUCUCGCGCUAUCUGCAGACGUCACUAGCUAUUAGCUAGCCAGCUAUGGUCACCAUGGCGAAGAAGAAGCUGGCCGAUGAAGAGUUCUGCUACGGCGUCGGCGCCGGCGAGGACGGCUGCGUAGACGCCGACGGCCGGUCGACGGAGCUGCGGCCUCUGGCGCUGUCGUCGCCGCACACACAAGCGUUCCACCUGGCGUGGCUCUCCCUCUUCGCAUGCUUCUUCGCAGCCUUCGCCGCACCACCCAUCCUCCCGGCGCUGCGGCCCGCGCUCGUGCUCGCACCAUCCGACGCCCCCGCUGCCGCCGUGGGGUCGCUGUCCGCCACGCUCGUCGGCCGCCUCGCCAUGGGCCCGGCCUGCGACCUCCUCGGCCCGAGCCGCGCGUCUGGGGCCGCCAACAUCCUCGCUGCGCUCGCGCUCGCGGUGACCGCGGUCACCGCGUCGUCGCCCGCGGGGUUCGUCGCGCUGCGGUUCGUGGCGGGGCUCUCCCUCGCCAACUUCGUCGCCAACCAGCACUGGAUAUCGGGUAUCUUCGCGCCAUCCGCCGUGGGGCUCGCCAACGCCGUCGCUGCGGGCUGGGCCAACGUCGGCAGCGCCGCGGCGCAGGUCGUCAUGCCGCUGGCCUACGAGCUCGUCAUCCGCUUUGGAGUGCCGAUCACCGUCGCCUGGCGCUUCACCUACCUCCUCCCCUGCGCGCUGCUCAUCACCACCGGCCUCGUCAUCCUCGCCUUCCCCUACGACCUCCCGCGCGGCGGCGGCUGCGGAGGCGGAUCCAAGACCAAGAGAAGCUUCUGGAAGGUUGUCUGGGGAGGCGUGAGAAACUACCGCGCGUGGGUGCUCGCGCUCACCUACGGCUACUGCUACGGCGCCGAGCUGAUCAUGGAGAACGUGGCGGCCGACUUCUUCCGGAAACGGUUCCACCUUCCGAUGGAGGCGGCGGGCGCCGCGGCGGCCUGCUUCGGCGCGAUGAACGCGGUGGCGCGGCCGGCGGGAGGGGUGGCGUCGGACGCGGUGGCGAGGCGGUACGGGAUGCGCGGGAGGCUGUGGCUGCUCUGGGCCGUGCAGACCGCCGGGGCGGGACUGUGCGUGCUGGUCGGCAGAAUAGGCGCCACGGAGGCGCCGUCACUGGCCGCCACCAUCGUGGUGAUGGUGGCGUGCGCGGCGUUCGUGCAGGCCGCGUCCGGGCUCACCUUCGGCAUCGUCCCGUUCGUCUCCAAGAGGUCGCUGGGCGUGGUGUCCGGGAUGACGGCGAGCGGCGGCGCGGUGGGCGCGAUCGUGACGAACCGGCUUUUCUUCAGCGGGUCGAGGUACACGAUCGAGGAGGCCAUCUCCCUCACCGGCGCCGCCAGCCUCGUGUGCACGCUCCCCCUCGCCCUUGUCCACUUCCCGCGCCACGGGGGCAUGCUCCGCGGCGCAACCGCCGUCGACGAUGCUUACGACGACUACGAAGACGACUGCUCAAACGACGACGAAGACUACAUGCUCCUGAAAUGAGACGGAAUAUUGGGAACUGCAAAAGGUUCAUCUGUAUAGCUCGCCAAAAAAAUGGUGCAUCUGUAAAAUACGUAGCUAGUAUCUCUGCGAUUCCAAUGGUCUGCUCGCGGUUGGUUUGGUUUCAAGGAUCUACGGAGUCUGUACCGGCUGCCUCACGUGCACAUAUAGAUUGUUCAUCAGUUGGAAAGGAAUGAAGAAUCACCACCCCAAUCUUUAUCUCCUUCGGCCUCCUCCUGAACCCAUCGAUCCCGGCGAUCCUGCAGCGUCGAUGGAUGCCAAGAAUUUUAGUUGGCCUCCCUCAGCGUUGGAGAUGUCCGCAUGGAAGAAUCAAGAAUCUCUUGGCCGGUCUGUAACGAGUUCGGCCGUCAUAGAU